AAAGUCAUAGCAUAUUACGUACUUAGACAAAUAUUAAUAAGUGAUUGUUGAAUGCGUCAUACUUUAAUUUAAAAAAGCAAAAUGUCAUUUGUGACAAAAUUUCGCAAUCGAUUCAUGCAUAAUAUGCAAUAUAAAAUAUGGUUGUUGUUGUUACUUUACAAGUAAUGAUAAUUGCUGUAUAACUUAGCUUGAAGAUAAUAAUUAUACACUUUUCAGGCGUAAUUAAUUUUCAAUAAUUUUAUAAGAUACUGCAUUUAUAAAUAAUACAGGAACAUAAUGCAUAAAACUGGGCCACCACCACCCUAUGAGCCUCCUCCCUAUGCGCCGCCUGGUUAUUCUCAAACAAUGGGUGGUGUUCCACCUGCUAGUCCUUUUACACCUGCAGAAACAUACACAAAUGGACCAACCAUAGUAACAACAAUUGUUGCACUUGGACCAGGAUCAACCCAUACAAUAUGUCCACAUUGUCAUGCAGAAAUUGAUACUACAACAAAAACAGAACCUGGAAUGAUUGCUUACAUAUCUGGUGUUGUAAUUGCAUUAAUGGGAUGCUGGUUGGGAUGCUGUCUGAUACCUUGUUGCAUUGAUGAAUGUAUGGAUGUUCAUCAUAGUUGCCCUAACUGUAAAGCUUAUCUGGGACGUUAUAGGAGAUAAAGUAAUAUAAUAUUAAUAUCUAUGUUUAUUGCAUUUCACUCUGAGGUCACUUGAAAAUUGAAUUAUAUUCCAAUAUACAUAUACUAUUAGUAAUUUUUAACUUCUAUGCAUUCAAACACGUUUCUAAUGUUUGCGGUAUAAACAAAAAGCUUUAAAUGUUUUUCAUAUGAAGAUUUAUAACUAGUGUAAAGCACAAAGCAGGAUUGCACAUAUUAUAAAAUUUUUGAUAGUCACUUUCAUAAAAAUAACUGCUAAUUAAAAUAGAUCUGAUAUAAAUUAAAAUAUUAAAAUGAAAAAGUUCCUAAAAAUUAAUUUAGCAGGUUUUAGAACUUUUUCAAUCAAAGGGUAUCAAAUAGUUGAGGUGAAUGUACAAUUAAGUACAAAUCUUAUUAAUGAUUUUUCUUUGCAAUAAAAAGUAUAUUUCAGCAAUAUUCAGCACUUUUGAUAUGUAUGUACAUGAAAGUUGUAUACAAUGUGCCUUCAUUAACCAACAUUAAUAAUUAACAGCAAUUAUUACUUACAAGCAAGUGGUUAAAAAGAAAUAUACACAAUUUGUAUUUGUUUUUGUGGAGUUUUACCUGAUGAAUGUUAACAAUGUAAUAUUGAAAAUGACUAUUUUUGGAAAUAAUAUGCACUACUGUUUUCUUAACGAUUAUGGAAAUUCAUAUAAAUUUUCAAAUAAAAAUGAAUACUUUAUAAAAUAAGCAUCACUGUGAAAUUAUACUUUCAACAUAAAUGUAAGCUAUCUGUGUUAAUGUAUAAUAAAAUGUGUCAUAUUUUAUAAA